GAUCCAAAUCGUUCAAGUUGUAGAGCUUCAGAAGACGAUAAACAAUGUUAAAGAUUAUUUGAAUCGAAUUCCGAAAGAUACAUAAUCGGAGACGAUCAAAUUGAAUUUGUUUUUGUUAAAAUAGAUUAGGCCACACAGUAUCAAACCCACUAUAGCAAAGAUGUUUAUUUAUAAAUUCAGUCCGACGAAGGAUUAUCACUCCGUUGUCGUCUCUCUCGAUCGAAAUCGAUCGACCGGAAAAUGGGUUCGUCGAGUGCUAUGCAACGAGAGCUACAGCGAGAACUGGAGGCCAAAGCCACCGAACUCAGCAAACUCCAGAAAGACAUCGCAAAGAACCACCAAGUCAGAAAGAAGUACACCAUCCAACUUGGCGAGAACGAGCUCGUUCUGAAGGAGCUGGAUUUGUUAAACGAAGACGCCAAUGUGUACAAAUUGAUAGGACCAGUACUUGUCAAGCAGGACUUAGCGGAAGCAAAUGCCAACGUCCGCAAGCGGAUUGAUUAUAUGUCUGCUGAAUUGAAGCGUUUGGAUGCAACCCUACAAGGCCUAGAAGAAAAACAAAAUAGCAAGAAAGAAGCGAUACUAAAGCUGCAGCAAAGAAUUCAAUCCCUCCAGGCUGGAAAAGCGAAGGCAUAAUUUUCGCCCGUUAGUGUUUACACAUCAGUGCUUGUUUCUCUUCGAGUUUUGUUUCCCUUUUCAAGUACUACUUUUUUCAUUUCCAGACCUCCCCCUUUACAUCAUAGCCGUGUUAGUCAGUUGUUAACUCUAAUGACCCUUUGUGGGCUGUAUUUGUAAGAUUAGUGAUGAAAAAUUGGGUGCAUAUUCCUGCAGAAGUUCUCUAUCAGACCUUAAUUUCGGUCUAAUAUCUAUUGAUGUGUGAGAUUUUGUUUGUAUUCAAAAUCUAUCCUUCCUCCAA